AGCUAUCAAAGAGGCGGAGAGGACAACAACAGCCGCAUUGUCCUCUGAACUGAUCCCCAAAAAAAGGACACGGGGAGAAAGACGGGAAAACUGAAGGACGAAGACCCCUGAGACAGUCAGGCCUGGACCGACCGUCACAAUGAGGAGAGAGGUCCAGAGCGGCGGGCAUCAGCCCGCCGGCAAGCAGGGAGAUGAGGAGGUGUGCAGGGGGGCCGAGAAGAAGCUGCUGGCCUUCUGGAUGUCCUUGCCCCUCCGGACCUGGACACUCUUCAGGGCCCGUGAGAGACCGGGCUUCCAGCGCUCCGCCUCGUCCGCCCGGCUGCUGAAGAGUGAGGCGUGAGGAGGGAAAGUGUGUGCGUGUCUGUGUGUGUGUGUGUGUGUGUGUCAGUAGCAGAGUGUCAGAAGAGGCUUCCCAGACCUGCUGUCAAGUGAGUCGGCGUGUGUGUGUGUGUGUGUCUUAAUGUGUGUGUGUGUGAACCAUUCGUGUGGAUGAAAGCAGCUUCCUCCACCCAUUCCACCAUUCAUGUUGCUGCCCCGUCCGAGUCGGAGGCGCAGGUGGAGGACAAAACAAGCUUGUCGUCACAUUUAUCAGGCAAAACCACCAGCUGGGACCCUUUGAGGAGACCACUCGGGAGGAAUCUCCCUCUGCGCUUCCUUCCGUCCGAACUGGAUGAUUAAUUCAAACCUGUCAAAAACAACUUCUGGAUGUCCCGCCCCCGCUAGACGCUCCACCGGGAGGGCGAUGGGUUAACGGGGGAGGGGGGGACCGGGCCAUGGCGGUGACCCAUCUCGCCCUGGAGCUGCGCUUCCAGGGGAAGAAGCUGAGGGGCUUCUCGUGCAGACUGACCCGCGCGGCACACGGCUGGCUGCCGGAGAGCUCGUGGACGGUCGCGGCGCAGAUCCUGCUGCCGUACCUGGUGUCCGGCCUGGGCAUGGUGGCGGCCGGCAUGCUCAUGGAUGCAGUGCAACACUGGGAGGUGUUCAAGGAGAUCUCAGAGGUGUUUAUCUUGGUGCCGGCCCUGGUGGGGCUGAAGGGGAAUCUGGAGAUGACAUUGGCAUCCCGACUGUCAACGGCAGCCAACACGGGCCAGAUGGACGGCGCCCCGCAGCAGCGGAGGAUGGUGUUGUGCAAUCUGGCCCUCAUUCAGGUCCAGGCUACGGUGGUGGGCUUCCUGGCAGCGGUCGCAGCAGUGGGCCUCGGCUGUCUGUCCAGGGGUCGUGUGGACAUCGUCCAGGCGUCUGUCCUCUGUGCCAGCAGCGUCACCACCGCGUUCAUUGCUGCGCUGUCUCUAGGUCUGGUGAUGGUGGCUGUGAUUAUUGGAUCCAGAAAAGUGGGCAUCAACCCCGAUAAUGUGGCCACUCCGAUCGCUGCCAGCCUCGGGGACCUCAUCACCUUGUCGCUGCUCGCUGGCGUCAGCAGCCUCUUCUUCUGUUACAGAGACACGUGGUACCUGCCUCCCGCAGUGUGUGGGUUCUUCCUGCUCCUUAUCCCCGCGUGGGUCAUGAUCGCCCGUCGCUCUCCGCCAAUCAGUGAGGUCCUGAAGUCCGGCUGGCAACCAGUUAUAUUGGCCAUGUCCAUCAGCAGUAUUGGCGGAUUAAUUCUGGAUAAGACAGUGAGCAAUCCAAACUUCGAAGGUAUGGCAGUGUUCACUCCAGUCAUCAAUGGUGUGGGGGGGAAUCUGGUGGCCAUCCAGGCCAGCAGGAUGUCCACCUAUCUCCAUUGCUGGAGUGUUCCUGGAGCCCUUCCAUUUAUAAUGAGGGAGAACUGUCCCGGGCCCUUUGCUAACCUCUGCUCCUCUGAUCUGAACUCCAAAUCAGCCAGAGUCCUGAUCCUCCUCGUGGUCCCGGGUCAUCUUCUCUUCCUGUACGCCAUACAUCUUCUGCAGGGAGGCCAUAAUGCCAUGACGCCCACCUUCAUAGUCUGCUACCUGUGUGCAGCUCUGCUUCAGGUGGGGAUUCUGCUUUACGUGGCAACCCUGAUGGUGCGAUGGCUCUGGCGAAGGGGACUGGAUCCAGAUAACUUCUCAAUUCCCUACCUCACGGCUCUGGGGGACCUGCUGGGGACUGGGUUCUUGGCUCUGAGUUUCAGACUGAUCAUGACGGUCAGUUCUACCGGCAGUGGAGUUUAACAGCCACGUGGUCCUGCACGACCUGAGCUGUGCUGUUCCCUCAACGCAGGUAGUUGAAACGCACUUGCAAAGCUCGCGUGAGAAGGAAAGUGAGGAUUACGGAACACACGAGGCUUGUGUUGGGGUUAUAUUUGUGCCUCAACACUGAGUUUAAUUUUACAGUAGCACAUACGUUUCAUUCUGAUGAUCCAUUCUGUGUGUUUGUCUGUCUAAAGGGACUAAAUAGAUUCAACCUCGGUUCGACUCAUUUUUCACUCUUUUUAAUGCUCUGCUGUGUCCUCUCAAACCCUUUGGAGACGUCCUGUGUCUUUCCCAAAGUUUCAACUCAAAUUUACUGUGUGUGUCUCAACAGCAAGUCAAGGCAAAGGCAGCUGGCCAGCUGGCCUACAGCUGACGUACAGCUCGCACAUAUAGUGCUUCAGGGAUGACAUGUUUUUCUUUGCAUCUUGCUGGUUCCCAGCACCAAUAAGCCAAUGAGAUUUUUCAUUUCCAUUUUUCUUUUUUUUUUCUGUUUAUGAUAGUUUUCAUGAAUGGACAACAUGUUUAUGGUUUCUGAAGCACAAAUGCAAACGGCGGAAGUAAAGGACCAUUGAUGGGCUGAAAACACCUGUACACUUGCAUGACAUCACCUGCCAACCACUGAUGCCAUUUACCUUUUUUGCCGAUUGUUCGUAGGGUUAUCUGCUAGUAAGGAAGUUGGGAAACACUGGGGAAAUGUCAGGGACAUCAUUUAAGUAGUUUUAAUGUGGAAUUCUGCCCGUAUUGGCGUCUCUAUCUAGCCAUCCCGAUAGGUGCAUAAGCUAGCUGACACAUGGAUGGCAGCUAAACAGUAGCUAACUAAGCUAGCGAACUUCUUAUUGAUACAAAUGCAUUGUAAUCAAUAUGUUCUAUUAUUUUUAAAGGGCUCUUUAAGGGUCUCCUUUUCCUCGCAGCACAAUUGCAUGAAAAAAAUGUAGUGAUAAGUGAGUUUAGUGUAGCAGCUAGCUGACAUGCUAGUUUGCGUUAAUUACCUGAUAGCAUGCCAUUCAAAUUAGAAACGGCGCACUGACCGGGCCAUUCAUUUCAUUCUCUUUAAUUUAAAGGUACGAAACUUUCACAAAAUUGUUUUUUGGACUGGAAAUAAUGUGCAGAAAUGUUCUCUGCUCAAAAUAUCUCUUCCGGCUCAGGAUUGAGAACAAAAUCAAACAGCGUUCAGUGGUUGAGGGAAUGCAAAGGCCGAACAAAGAGGAAACCAUUUGGCUGAAAAUAGAGUAAAUCAGAGGAGGAAAGUAUGGACUCAUUUUGCAGCCACACGUCUCACUGGGGUCUAUAGUUUUACUGGUUAGAAUACCGCAGCUUGGCUCUGUAGAAAUAACGAUCAUCUAAAAUAGACAGUAGUGGGAAUACCACAGAACCUCUGGACAGUUGACACAUCUGUAAACAUAUUGUCAGCAGUUAAUGUUAGAUGGCAGAUGAUUGUAUUAGAUAUUAAUUAUAUAGAACUGAAUGUAAAUGUAUAUAUUAAUGCAAGAUGAAUGGUAGAUUUAAUCUGGUCUUUUCACGCGGGUCUGUGCCUUUAGACCGUAACAGGCCUUCAGUUGCCCAAAUUCUACUGCUUUUAUUUUUUGUGCAGCAGUGCCACUGAAUAUUGCCUCAUGUACUUGACUGUUUCCAUGUUAGUAUGAGUUGCGUGUAUUGACAAUACAGAGAUUUUCUUGUGGGCCUUUUUGUGAAUAAAUUAUUUAUGCAUCUCUGUG